CGUUCUGUUAUAUGAAGUUCGUGGGAUUUUGGUUGACCACUAAUCAAUACGAAGAACGUUUGAGGAAGUUUGCGUUGUUCUAUACCGUGAUUGCAUUAUUAUUCGCUGUGGUGGUAGAGACGAGGGAUAUGUAUUACACCUUGGGAAACUUUAGUGAGUCUAUUUAUAUCGGAUGUAAUAUUCUCUCUCUGAUUAUGGUAUUAUUCAAAUUACUUAUUUCAUUUAUAUAUAGAAAAGAGCUUUACAAUUUAGUUAUAUACGCGAGAACAAAUUUCUGGCAUUCCAAUUACACGCCAGAGGAGCAAGCAAUUAUAAACAAUUGCAAACGUACCUGCACCUACCUCAUUUGUGUCUUUUCAUUUUUCGCUCAAGGCACUAUUGUCGGCUACAUAAUAAGGCCAAUUGUUGAAAACAUCGGUCGAAAUGAAUCAGACAGAAUGCUUCCAUUCAACAUGUGGUUAGAUGUGCGAUGGUUGUCGUUAACACCAUACUUUGAGAUAAUGUCUGUAUUGCAGAUUUUAUCUCUGUGCCACGUUGGUGUGUGUUAUCUAUGCUUCGAUAAUUUUUUGUGCAUUAUGAAUUUGCAUGCUGCUAGCCAGUUUCGUGUACUACAACACAGAUUGACUAGAGUGUACGUCAUUAAUGAUAAAGAGAAAGAUGAUGGAACAGAUAAAUAUUACGCUACGUUUAAAGGCUAUAUUAAACAACAUCAGAUGCUAAUUUUAUAUUGUAAUAAACUCGAAGAGGUAUUCAAUCUGAUGGUGCUUGCACAGGUGUUACUAUUUAGCUUAUUAAUUUGCCUCGAUGGAUACCUAGUAACAAUGAAUGACGCUUCUGCGACCAGACGCAUCACUUUCCUGUUUCACAUACUUGGCUGCAUAUGUCAGCUGUUGAUGUUCACCUAUAGUUGCGACUGUUUGAUACAAGAAAGUUUGAACAUUGCAGAAGCGGCAUAUAAAAGUCCAUGGACAAUUUUACCGGUAGAUGAAAUGGGAAUGAUGGUAAGAAAGGAUCUGCUACUCCUUAUCAUGAGAUCUAGGGUACCUUGUUGCUUAACGGCUAGUGGAUUCUUCGCUGUGUCUUUGGAAACGUACACUAGGGUUUUGAGUACUGCAGUGUCAUAUUUCACAUUGAUGCGAAGGAAAUGCGAAGGCGAGGUGAGUUAUUUGAAAGAGACCAUGGAGGAGGAAACAACGACCGAAGAUCUUUCUAUCCAAGCAACUAGGAUUUUAUUGAAAUUUGCAGCGACUUGGCUUACGAAUAAUAAUGUCGAAGAACGUUGUAGAAGACUCUGGUUGCUCUUUAUUGCUUCGGCGUAUAUUAUUAGCGCAUACGUAAACAUGUUGGAUAUGUAUCACUCCUGGGGUGAUAUAAAUCAGUGCGUGUUUGUAUGCGUUAACAUGGGUUGUAUCAUUUUGGCGGUAUGCAAGCUGACGAUGAUAAACUAUCAUAGAAAGAAUUUCACAGAAAUUAUUUUGUACGCAAAACGAAAUUUCUGGCAUUGCAAUUAUGAUUCGCAGGAACUGGUCUACGUUACCGAGUGUCGUUUUAAGUGUACAUUAUGGAUGAUUUUCGUAUACGUUUUAGUUACAGGUUGCAUAGUCACCUAUGGAGUAUUGCCGUUCACACGGAAUAUUGGAACGAAUGAAUCGGAAAGAACACUUCCGUUCACUAUGUGGUUCGAUUUGCCUUUAACUGAAACACCCUACUACGAACUAAUGUUUGCUUAUCAGUUGCUGUGUGCGAACUUAAUUGCCAUUGGGUACAUUUCUACGGACGCUUGCUUGUGCAUCCUGAAUAUGCACACGGUCUGCCAAUUUCGCAUAUUGCAACACAGAUUGCUAUCACUUUGGGAUUCUGUUAACGAAAAGAUGGAUAUCGUCGAAUACACCCACCAUUGUUACGACGAGCUGAGAAGCUGCGUUCAUCAGCAUCAAUUACUUAUCGAUUACUGUGCUAAGCUAGAAAAUGUAUAUACUAUAAUGAAUGCCGCGCAUCUGUUGGUUUGUAGUAUAUUAUUUAGCUUCGAUUUUUACGAGAUACUUUUGGCAGACAUAUCUAUUGCGCAAACAAUCAACUCCAUUCUUCAUCUGAUCGGAACGUUCAUGCAUGUCGUUAUCUUUACGUACAGUUGCGACGGCUUGAUAGAGGAAAGCGAGAAAAUCGUUACGGCUACUUACUCUGGAUUAUGGACCACUUUGCCAAUGAACAAAGUUGGAAAAUCUUUGCGGGAAAACGUACGAAUAAUCAUGUUGAGAUCAUUACGACCAUGUUGCCUAACUGCUGCUGGAUUCUUCCCUGUAACAUUGGAAACUUCUACCGCGAUAUUAAGUACCACACUUUCCUACUUUACUAUGAUAAAGGAAACUACCACUUAAACAAAUAACUAGUAACACAUAAACUAUUUUUAUAUUCUUGUGCAUCGUGUUAAUGAUGCCUUUUAAUACUUGAACUUGCAUAUUUUAAUGUACUGUAUUGUGAUUUGUGCCACGCAUCAGUAGGAUAUGAUAUUGUUAAAUAAAUG